AUCUAUUUAAGCUUUGCAUGGGGGUUUGGCUUUUCUCGGCAGAAGUCCAUUUCAUCGUUUUUUUAAUUUUAUUUUUUUCACAUCUCUAAUGGCAACAGAUAUAAUACCAAAACCUUCUAAGUGGUUCUCUAACAAGAGUCUCAGGUUAAGCCUCCAUCGUUGCAGGUCAAAGUCUAGUUCAACCCUAAGCUCUCCUUCUUCUCCCAUGUCUCCAUGCACAGUACCACAAAAUAAUUACUCGAAAGAAAAUGAGCUUAAAGAGGUGUUUCGUCACUUCGAUAGCGAUGGAGAUGAGAAGAUCUCAGCCCUAGAGCUUAGGUCUUACUUUGGGUCAAUUGGGGAGUACAUGUCUUAUGAGGAGGCUCAAGCAGUGAUAGAAGAUCUUGACUCAGAUGGGGAUAAGUUAUUAGACUUCAAAGAUUUCUUGAGGCUCAUGAAAAGGGAAGCAAAUGAAGAAGAUGCUGAUCUUAAAAAGGCCUUUGAAAUGUUUGAAAUGGAGAAGGGAUCAGGUUGCAUAACCCCAAAGGGCUUGCAGAGAAUGCUUCAUCGCCUAGGAGAUGCAAAAUCCUACGAUGAAUGUGUGGCCAUGAUCCAUGUGUUUGAUACUGAUGGCAAUGGAGUUCUUGAUUUUCAAGAAUUUCAACAAAUGAUGUCUUAAUUCACAAUUGUACGCAUAUAUAUAUGUAUGUUACAGGAUAAAAAUGAAAGGAGGAGAGAAAGAGGAAAGAAUCCAACUUCUUUUUCUAUCUUUCAUUUUUUUUUAAUUAUUUGUAAUUAUUAUGAAAAUUCUUGGUCUUGGUUUGACAUAACUAGCAUGUAAUGUAAUGUACCCAUUGCAAUAA